CAGGCAGAAGGACCAUGCAGACGACUCAUUUCCACCAUCAUGCCAUUCUCCUUAUCCAUCCUGUCCUAGUUAGAUUCUUUUCCUCUCCAGUUCAGUCCUGUUAAGAGAGUGCAGAGGAAGAUGAAGCUGAAACUCCUCUGUCUGUGUACUGUUGUGCUCUUAACCCUGCUUGAAUGGCCGGACCUGAGCCAAGGAGCUGCAGCACGUAACUGCACAGUUAAACCAGGAAUCUGUCCUCGGAGGAAGUGGGGAUCUGGUAUGUGUGCAGAAUACUGCACUAAAGACCGUGACUGUCCCAAUGAGGAGAAAUGCUGCCAUAAUGGCUGUGGGCACGAGUGCAUCACCCCUUAUACAGUGAAGCCUGGUCGCUGCCCCAUGCCUAAGGGGACCCCGAUGUGUGCGGAGUAUUGCUAUCAUGAUGGUGAGUGUCCUGGAGAGCAGAAGUGCUGCAGGACUACAUGUGGCCAUGCUUGCAGUGAACCCUGCUAAUUAGAUUUGGUAAAUGGACAGACAUCAAGACCAAUAGAGAGCAAGCAUCUUCUGAGAGAUCAACCUUUCUAAGUACAGCUGAAACAUCCCUCUACCCUACCUUAUCCCUCAGAAAAACUUGAUUGGUGACUAAAACUGACUAAACUUUGUAGGAUCUCCAAGAAGUGGCUUAAUGACCAUGUACACUAUUGCUCGUAGUUUUAGUUAAUGAGAUUAUGGGAGAAAAAUAUCUAUUCUGAACUGUUCAUAUAACUAUACCAUUUUUAUCCUGACAGAGAGACAUGUACCCAUGAAUUCAAUGGACUAUGUUUCUCCCUUGACUUUAUUUUAUUUUUUUGUAACGUCAUUAUUAAAAACCCAUUGUAUCUUUUGGUA